GUUGUUUGAUCAGCAAAAGAGAAGGCGCUCGAGCGGCGGCCGAGCUCCCGCCUGGAGACCGGGAGGGAGAGAGGGGGGGGCCCCGCGGGGGGUGGGGAAUUUUUGUACCGCAUUCCCUGGAUUCUUCGAUCAUUAUGGGUGAGAUAAAGAUCUCUCCCGAUUACAACUGGUUCAGAAGUACAGUACCAUUGAAAAGGAUAAUAGUCGAUGACGAUGACAGUAAAGUCUGGUCUCUUUACGACGCAGGGCCAAGAAAUCUAAGAUGUCCCAUUAUAUUUCUUCCACCUGUCAGUGGGACUGCAGAUGUAUUUUUUCAGCAGAUUUUGGCCCUAACUUCAUGGGGUUAUAGGGUUAUCUCAUUGCAAUAUCCAGUGUACUGGGAUUUCCUUGAAUUUUGUGAUGGAUUCCGGAAACUUCUGGAUCAUCUACAGCUGGAUAAGGUCCACAUUUUUGGUGCUUCCUUGGGAGGAUUUUUGGCUCAGAAGUUUGCAGAAUAUACUUAUAAAUCUCCUAGGGUCCAUUCUCUUGUCCUCUGUAACACGUUCAGUGAUACAUCAAUCUUUAACCAAUCCUGGACUGCAAACAGUUUUUGGCUGAUGCCAGGAUUUAUGCUGAAAAAGAUUGUUCUUGGAAACUUUGCAACUGGCCCAGUGGAUCCAAAAAUGGCAGAUGCAAUUGAUUUCAUGGUUGAUCGGUUGGAGAGCUUAGGACAGGGAGAACUGGCCUCUCGUCUCACUCUUAAUUGCCAGAAUUCCUAUGUGGAGCCUCACAAAAUCAAAGAUAUUGCAGUAACUAUAAUGGAUGUGUUUGACCACAGUGCCCUUUCUCAAGAAGCCAAAGAGGAGAUGUACAAAUUGUAUCCAAAUGCGAGACGAGCCCACCUUAAAACUGGUGGAAACUUUCCAUAUUUGUGCAGGAGUGCUGAAGUCAAUCUUUACGUACAGAUACAUCUGCGGCAGUUUCAUGGCACAAAGUACGCUGCGAUUGAUCCAACCAUGGUGAGUGCAGAAGAACUAGAGGUGCACAAAGCCAGCUUUGAGGAAGAGCUGUAGCCUUCUUUCACCCUCCCUUCCAUCGAAAAGGGGAACCUCUCUACAUGAAACUUAUGAACAGUUAAUUGUGCAACUCCCAUUUUUUUUAAAAAAAGAAGCCUUCAGAAUGAAGCUAGUUUUGUGACCUGAAAAUGAGGAUUUCAUUUCCAUUUCUUGCGAUUUCAGGUCUUAAAUUGAACGCAAAUUUAGUGUUCUGAAAGUAUCACUGAUAUCAAGUAGUUUCUGAGCAUGCUGCUUGGAGAGUAUUUGUUUUUUUUAUAAUCCAAACUAUGCAACCAAACCAAUAGUACCAACAAGUCACAGUAGUACUGUGAAAACAAAUCUUUGUUUAUAACAUUAGUUUCUUUGAAUACAAGUUUCAAAAUACUGUGUGCAGUUGUGCCUCACAUAGACUUAAUUCUGCUUAAGAAUAAGUUUGCACUUUUUGUUUUUGAUUCAUUUGGUUUCUUUUUUGCUCAUCCCUUUAACAUGACCAGUACCUGUAUUGAAAUUGCAAUUUGCACAUGAUCUGAAUGCCUUUUGAUCACUGAAUUCAUAAUUUCACUGGAAUAUUUUGUAAUAUUUUAUUUAGAUCUGAAGGGGCAAUGUUGGAAUUUGAUUUUUGUAUUUUUAAUUUGAUUUCCGAUUGCAAAAAUAUUUUAAGUGUUUUUUUAAAGGUUGCCAUAAUUUGAAGUUUACAUUAUAAAUACUGUUGAUUAAAAUGUGUUGUUUCGUCAAUUUGGUUAUACUUUGCCCUUGAAUUCAAUGUACCUGUUUGUAAUCAGAACCUUUGAUGUAAUUCAUGUAAAACAUGAAAAUCUUUGGCUGUAUAUAUCGCACUUUGUAUUUUGCUGUAAUACCAAUUUUUAAAAUUGUGGAUGAAAUGUAAAUAAAAUGUUAGUCAUUUGCCU